AUGCUAUCACUGUGGCAAAGCAGGACUGCAGUGCGAAUAUCCAGUCAAGAUUCUGCACACAUCGACGCAAAAAUCUCCUCCUACCUCUCCCUCUGCACAAACAUUGGAUGGUCUACAGGCUACACCGGGCAUGUUCAUAUGCACUUGUUUCAUCGUUUUCUCGUCACCGUAUAUCCGGACCUACCUCUCUGCGGCGAUAAAAUCCGGGCCAGUAUGAUACCAAGCUUCAUACACAACUACGAAUACCUCAUCCACUCCAUCCUCGCAUUGGCCGCUUCACAUCUCAACCCCAUGUCCCACUCCAGUCUCACAGCACAAGCACUCCAACACCGCAUUCUGGCCCUGAAUUCCCUCCACGAAGCCCUCUCCACACCCCCCGAGUCUGCAGCCGAGCAAGACGCUCGAAUCGCAGCUACCAUGGCUCUCGCCUUUCAAUCCAGCUACCUCGAUAACGGCAUGUCUGAAUUCCUGCUCAUGAUUCGCGGCUGCAUCAUCAUCGCAAACAACAACACCACGCAAUCCCUCUCCGCCUCCCUAUUCAACGUAAGCAUCCCCUCCUAUAAACCCCUUAAAAACCCCUAUAAAAACGCUCAAGCACAGGAAAACACCUGA